AUGAUCUACCUGCUAUUUUCUUUACUGGUAUUCUAUCGACUCCAACAAUAUGGGGACGCUUUCAUACGGAACGGUAACCUGUCGAAUCCGAAGCAUAAACGGUCGAUGCUGGAGGAUGAUCCAUGCUUGGAUGCGGAGCAGGUCGACAAACUUGAAUCCGUCGAGCUUCUGCCCAGAUAUGCGCAUCUAAAGCGACCAUGGCUACGUCCGGAUGUAACGCCGAAGGUUUUCACCAGCAAUGGCUUGCGAUAUCAGUGGAUGUGGGCAAAAAGUCUAGCGGUUCGAGGUCUCAAGAACGGUGUUACGAUCGAUGAUCUCCUACGAUUUCUGGACAGUCAAAACUGUUCAUUCAUUGCCAUUGGUGAUGCGGUAUGGCAAACAGUACAACGUGCUCGACCCGUGAAAAUUGAGGGCGAAAUUAGUUGCCCGAUGAAAGAGCUCUAUACUAUUUGUUUGGCGAAGUACGGUAGCACAGCGUGUAGUUUGUUCCCAUCCGAAUCUGAUGGCCCUUUCCUGUACAGAAUGGAAAUCGGUGAUGCAAGAGCUAAUCGUUCACUGGAUGAACUAAGAGCCGAUCCAUUGGUGCUCUACGAAUGGGGUUCCACGUUGGGUUUACCCGCUCCACGAUGGGCUUACACUGUGACAACGAUGGCUAUCCAUGACAAUAACGCUGGUCAAGUGUAUUUGGUGGACAUGACAGGAAGAGGAUACAUGGACACAUGCGGGAAAAGUCUCUCCGCCGCUGUGGACGACUCACAAUGGAAAGGAUGGGCCGACGAAGACAUCUCAAAAGUGUAUCGAUUCUACCUUCUAAGAACCCAAGGUUUCGGUGUUGGGAAUCAUGAACUACAAAACUAUGUGAAUAAAAUUAUUGAAAGCAGGCAUUCGAAAAAAGCUGCACAAACAUUUUACUGCGAAUCAAUUCUGAAAGGUGUUGUCUCAUGGGCAGGUGAUGAUCUGACAACCGCUUGUCAUCUGAUCUUUCCGGAUCUCACCGAUCGUAAACGAAUCUCGAGAGCCAGAGAAAUUCUGGAGUCCGAAAUGCCAGCUCAUUGGAAAGGAUUUUUUGCGUCAGCAAUUGAUGAAAUGGAGGCCGUGUAUCUCACAGAGCGACAAUUUGUGGACGUUCGAAAUCGGUUGAAAGGAAGGAUAUCAGGAGACCUCGUGCUCGGCGAAACCCCUACAGGGAUUAUCCGUCCCGGUGAACCGCUGGUGAAUGAUAUUUCGGAUGUUCAUCGUAGACCAAUUAUGUCGAAAAUGGAUAGCACCGGAGAACUGCCUAAAGAAGAAGUUGAAGAGAUAUCAGAAGUUGAGGAAAGCAGUGAGUCGGACUCGGAAGCACCAAUUGGAGCCGGUUUCAACGAUUUAGCCUCAGUCGAAGAGGCACACGUUCCAAAACGCGACAUUGGCAACUUCGAGCCGGAAGAACAUCAUACAGUCGAACAUACAGCGGAGCAAACGACAACAUCCACAUCUGAACCUCAGACCUCACCGAUGAACGAAGAAAACCAGACGUCCCAGACGGAAAAAGAGGAAAAGGAAAAGGAAAAGGAAAAGGAAAAGGAGAAGGAGGUGGCCACGGAUACGCAAACUGCUCCACAACAAUCGUCCAGCUUAAAUUUGUUGAUGCAAUGGUCAUACGUGGUCGUUAUAUUAUUCCUUGUAUUUACUUUUAAUCCUCAACAGUUGUGA